GUAUGUACAAACAGAGAAAGCCUACAAAGGAGGUGGAUUUUAGAGGCUGCAGAAGGUCUGUGUUGCUCAGUGGAGAUGUUACUGCUUUAGUUUGGUUCUUUAUAGGAUAAGAUGCUCUGAUGUGUCACAGAGGUUAAACUACUCCUACAGUACAGGACGUAGCAGCUCCUCUACCAGUCACAGUCAGAGCAGAGGGUUUUUCGGCUCAGUUGCGACGCUAUGUUCCACCACUAGGUGUCGCUGCCUAAACUAGCGUCAUGUCCGAAAGCGGCUUCCGGUACCAGCGGAGACCGGAAGUUAGCGUCGCUGAGGAAGAAAGAUGUCUGCCCUGGACGUGGAUGAUUUUAUUCAACAAAACAGAGCUCUGGCGGAGCAGGUGGAAACGUUUCGAGGUUACUGGGAAAGUGAAAAACACUGGGAGGCGAGGAGGGAGUUCAUCCUGCGGAACAUAAAGGACUACGAGGAGCAGCAGCAGGACCAGCUGCUCUCUCUGUCCAUGGUCUGGGCCAACAACGUCUUCCUCGGCUGUCGAUACAGCACCGAGCUUCUGGACAAAGUGCAGGAAAUGGCUGAGGGCAUCGUGGUGGAGGAUGCUCCGGUCUUCAAGACCAGAGAUGAGAUUGUUAAGAAGCAACAGGGUCGAUGACCAGUGUCGCUUCCUUUGGUUCUGCUGGAUCGGACUUGAUGGGACUCAGCUGUUGUACAGUACAAACAAGCAGUGAUGUACUGCUUAAUAUGCUAAAAACAUUUAUGUGGUUUUAACAAUCCUGCAUCUUUAUGACAGAUGAUCAUUUCUAUUUUAGGUUUUUAAUGCACACUUUUAGAGUUGUUGUUGUUUUUAAUCAAUUCAGAUGUGAACCAUCACUGUGGUUUACACAGCUGGAUACGAAUUGUCCUGCAGAGAAUAAAGGACUUGUGUUUUCUA